UACAUUAAUAGAUUAUGCUGAGGAUUUGCGAUUGUUAACAGGGAAGAGAGCUUUAGCUGGAUCCGUUCUGGUAAAAGGCCACUGAGUCUCGCCGAGCCAGCGGAGGACGCAUCCUCCAGGAGGGACCUGUACUUUUUCCCCUCCUGGUUACGCAUUUUCUUACAAGGUUGCUUCCAUAUUAAGAAGGACGUUCGCUAAGACCUGCCACCAUGGAUGAAUGGGACCUCCCACAGUGGAAGAAGGAAGUAGACAGCCUGAAAUACCAACUGGCUUACAAGAGGGAAAUGUCUUCUAAAACAAUACCUGAGUUGAUGAAGUGGAUAGAAGAUAGCAUUCCAGAAGACCCAUUUCUGAAUCCAGAGCUGAUGAAAAGCAACCCUUGGGUGGAAAGAGGAAAAUGUACAGUACUCUAAUGCCCCUAAAUCCAACUUUGCUCCCAAGCGGCUGUGGCUGACAAAAUGGCUUCCUCCUGAGAUAUUCAAUUUUGCAUUAACUCUGAAUGUAAAUUUUUUUUAUUAGUUUCCUAAUAUGACUAAUUGUACAAACAUGAUCCUCAUCUUGUCUUAUUAUUUUUAUUAGUAGAAGUGAUUCUUUUUUAUACUGACAAAGCACAGGCCAUAAAAGAGUAAAUUGGUAAGAGAUGCAAUGUAUUGGAGAC